ACCGUAUCGUGCGGCUUAAAAUAUUUGGAAUCUAAGCAAACUGGCAGAUCAUACUUUAUAUAUGAAUGUAACGAAUAUAAAGAAUGGAAUGCUUUCCAUGCUUUGUGCGAACUCAUCUCAUUUUAUUUUUUGGCACAUCCACCUUUGACUGCUUCACGCGUCCUAAUUAGCCCAAACUUCCCCUAUUAAUUAAAAAGAGUUAGAUCAAAACUAGAACAGAUCUAAACAAGACAAUCUCACCCAAAACAUGGACACCGAGCUCCAUAACUUCAUCUUCGUCUGGAUCUCCGUCGUCACAGCCCUCAUCUACUGUCGCUACAUCUCCAAGCUCGUCCCCGUCGGACCCAAGAGGCUCUUCUUCUUCCUCCCGGUGAUCCUCCUCUUCCUCCUCCUCCCCCUCCGUCUCACCACCAUCUCCCUCGGCGGUCUCACCGCCUUCUUCAUCGCCUGGCUCUGCAACUUCAAGCUCCUCCUCCUUGCUUAUGGCAAAGGCCCUUUAGUGCCGCCGCCGCCGUCGCCGCCUCUCUCUCUUCCGCUUUUCAUUGCCAUCGCGUCGCUUCCAAUCAAGAUCAGCCCUUCCACGGGGAGCGGCGCUUCCAAGAACAGCAGUGGUGACGGCCUUAAGUCGCCGGUGAAUUACGUCGCGAAAUGUCUAUUGGUGGUUUCGUUCUUCCCGCUCUACCUGCGGAGUGACUACGUGCACGAGAAGGUCAUGUUGAUGGCGUACUCCAUCCACAUGUAUAUCGGGCUUGAGGUGUCUCUGGCAGCCAUCGGCGCGGUGGCUGGCCGGCUCAUCGGCGUGGCAGUUGAACCGCAGUUUGAUGAGCCGUACCUUGCCACAUCGCUGCAGGACUUUUGGGGGCGGCGGUGGAACCUCAUGGUGACGAGCAUCCUGCGACCAAGUGUGUACGACCCCGUCCGGUUGGCCUCGGGCCGCCUCGUCAAGAGGCGGUGGGCCUCACUACCCGCCGUGCUCGCCACAUUCAUGGUCUCCGCCCUCAUGCACGAGCUGAUCUUCUACUACAUCGGGAGAAAGGAGCCCAUGUGGGGGGUCACUGGGUUCUUCCUCCUCCACGGGAUCGCCGUGGCGGCAGAGGUCGCGGCGAAGAAGGCGCUGCGUGGCACGAGGUGGCGGCUGCCGACAGAGGUGUCGAGGCUGUUGACGGUGGGGUUCGUGGUCGUGACGGGGUUCUGGCUGUUUCUGCCACCGCUCCUGCGGUGUGAUGCGGUGGCAAAGGCGCGGAGGGAGACCAUUGCGAUCAUUGAGUUUGUGAAAGGGCUUUGGAGCAUCUUGAGAUUUAUCUCAUUUAACGUAGUAAGUGGUCAUUGA